AUCCACGCGCUGCUAGCGCCGCAGUACUGGUGCCAGGGUGUGUCUCUGGAGGAUUGCGCCGCGCGCGCUCGGAACGCGUGGGCAUUUGGACUCUACGCUCCGACUGGCGAUCUCGUCGGCUUCUUGCGGCUGGUCACCGACCGUAUCUCCUUUGCCUACCUGUCCGAUGUGGUCGUCGAGGAGGCGCUGCGGGGGCAAGGUCUCGCCGAGUUCAUGGUCACUUCUGCGCUCGGCCUCCCCGAGAUCGAG